UCCGCAAAUGUUGUUCCAGUUCUCGAGGUCUAAGACAUCGGUGAAUCUCUACGGCCGUUAUUUAUUUAUUUGUGGCCCAAGAAACAAAAAUAUGAUAAGGUUUAAGUUUUAAGUUAAACUUCUGGUGUUUUGUUAUUUUCUAUAAUUAUAUAAUCGCGGUAAUAGAAACGGGCCUAAACUGUCAGACAGCCAACACGGAAAUGAGUUCGCAACCGAGCAGCUCGUUACUCGUGAUCUUCAUCUUCAUCUUAUUUGGGUCUGCAGAUCAGACAAACAUCACAGCUGAACCUGGACAGAACGCAUGUCUACCCUGCACAUCUCCUGAUAAUAAACCUGCUUUAUUUGUUGAGUGGAGGAGAACUGAUCUGGGGUCAGAAUAUGUUCUUCGGUACAGAAAUAAGCAGAUUAACACAGAAAACCAGCAUGCAUCGUUUAGGGACCGAGUGGAUCUGCUGGACCGACAGAUGAAGGAUGGAAACGUGUCUUUGGYUCUGAGGAACGUGACGCCUGACGACAGAGGAGCUUAUGAAUGUCGAGUCGUUCAGACAAACAGCAAGAUAGACACUGUCUUCACCAUAAACCUGAAUGUAGAAACGUCUCCAGGUGAUUCUGAUGGAGGGAAGAGAGACGGAUCUGGUUGGGUUGGUCUGGUGGUCGGUGUGUUGGUUGGUCUAUCGGUGGUUGUUUUGUUAGCUUUAGUUAUUGUUGUUUAUUUGUUCUGUAAAAAACCUUCACGUUCGAGUCCAAAGUCAAAUGAGCCUCCUGGUGAUCCAGCUGAAGCUCAGCAGCCUUUAUCGGAUCAGAACCGACCAGAUGAGCAGAGAGUCCAGUCUGACCUGCAGGAUGAUGGAUCCAGAACCUCAGCAGAUCAACUUUCCUCCAGAAUCACUGACUGACUGUUUUCAUCGUCACCAAGCAGAAGAAACAGAAACUAUCAGCUGUUGGGCCUUCACCAGAACCAGAACCGAUACCAGAACCGUUACAGAACCAGAACCGAUACAGAACCAGAACCGAUCUAGAACCCGUCCAAACUGGACUGACCAGAGACCCUGAAUGUUACAGGAACUGAGUGAAUCUGGGCUGCAGUUUAAUGUCAGGAUCAGUUUGUAACUUUUAGACGUUUCAUCAGGAUUUAAAAUGUUUUAUUUCUUCUGUUACUGAACUGAGUUMAUGAUGAUUUAUUCAUUUUGACACAUUUCACUGAGACAAUCUGCUGCAUUAAACUCAGUCGUWUUAAAUUAUAAUAUUAUUGAAAAGUUMRUUUAUGUCAGUAACUCAAACAGAAAUAAUCAUUUUGAUGUUUCUGAGCUUUUAUUUCUACCUAACUGUGAUUUUAUUUUCUGCUUAGUUGUUWCRGCCAGUGGCCUUUUCUGUUUGUUUGUUUKGUGGCUAAUCAAGUUGACUCUACCAGGAAGUGGAUGCAGCGUGACUUCCUGUGCCACUCUGUGAGGCCUUCAGUGAUUGGCUCAUCAAUUGCCAAACCCACCAAUCCCUGAACAGGCCUCCCUUUUAAAAACCAAGGACUUCCUGGGAGAAGGCGCGGCUGAUCCUUUGUUCAGACAGCUGGCCACUUUGUUGGGUYGACUGCUGUAAACUUAUUUUACUAGCUUUGAUGGCUCUGAUAGUUUUGUUAGCUUCUGCAAACUCGUCUUGUCCCGGUGGGGGAUCUCUGCAUCUCUGUUAGAGAUUUGU